AUGCUGAUCUUUCCUGGUGAGCAGACGCACUAUGCCGGGAUGCUGGCUGCCUGCCAGAGCAUGCCCCAGCUGCAGGAUAUGGUGGAGUUGGCCACCGAGGCCUUCGACUUCGAUGUGCAGCGUGUACUAGAGGAGUGCGGCCCUGAGGAUCACGCCGACCGCACAGACCGCAGCCAGAUGCUGGCCUAUGUUGCCGACUGUGUGGCGUUUGAGAUCUUCAAACAGCAAAAUCCGGACGUUGCUUUGAAGCCCCGUGCCGUGGCUGGCUUCUCUGUGGGGGAAAUAGCUGCGCUAGUUGCUGCUGGUGUUAUGUCCUACGACCAGGGGCUGAUAAUUGUGAAGGCACGGGGCGAGGCAAUGCAACAGUGGGCCGACGAAGAGGACAUGUCGGCCAUUGCGGUUUUUGGUAUGGAUGAGGAGCAGCUGCAGAAGUUGUGCAGUCGUGUUGACCCCAACAUGCGGGCACCAUCGCAACAGAAGGUCUUCAUAUCGUACUGCUGGGGUCGUCGUGGUUUCGUCUGUUCUGGACAGCAUGGCGCCGUCGUAGAGCUACAAGAAAGAUUGCAGCAGUCAGGAGACGAGGCUGUCUACGCACAGAUGCUGCCGGCUCAUAAGCAUGCCGGGCACACCCCACUAGCUGUCAGGGUGGCCGAGGAGGUGGAAGAAGCUGUCAACAGCAUUCCCAUGAGCCCUCCCACUUGUGAGGUCUACUUCAACACAGGCUAUCGUGUGGCGGCCGGAGAGGAUCCCUCUGUGUUCGUGCCCUACUUGCUACAGCAGCUCACGAUGCCGCUCCGAUGGGACUUCAUUAUCCAGACAAGUCUUCAGCGAGGCAUCCGCAGAUUCUUUGAGUGUGGUCCCGGCCAAAGCUUGAGGGAGCUGAUGGAAAAGGAGAUUGUUCUUGCUUUAUGGGGCGGGAGCUUGCCUCGCAAUCAGCUGCUUCGUACACCUCCAAAGCUGGUACAGGAUGGCAGUGUUUGGGCUUCUGUUCUGGAUCUCGGGACUGUGGAUUUCUGUGCUCUGUCAGGCUGCUACACCCUGCUGGCGGCCUUGACAGAGCAGGGCUGUUUCACCGACUUCGCUUGGCGAUGUCACGGUUCCGGAGGCGGCUUCGGAGAUGUCUCCAGCGAAUGCUUCGUCUUCUCGCUUGAAGACGGUGUGGCGCGCGUCUACAGAGGAUGCUGCCGAGGCUCCGUCUUGCGCUUGACCGCAGAUCGGAUUCGGAUCGGCCACCAGGUGCGGCAGCGGACGACAGCCGUCGCACUGGAUUCCUCGCUGCUUUGGGUGUCCAGCGACAAGGGAGAUCUCUUUCGAAACCCCUGCCUCCUGGAUACGAGCGUGGCUUCCGCCACGGCGAGCGUGGCCGCCGUCGCUUGCCUCAGUUGGUCCCACCUAGACCCGUCAGAGGGCGAAGAGCAGCUGCCGUUGGCGCUGCAGUCCAAUCAGGACUGCUGCUGUUGGCUCAGGGCCACGGCCCCCCGGGUGUAUGGCCUCACUACAUGA